CCCUAUGCUGGUGUAAUAUCUCUGACAGCUCAAGUCGUGAUAUGUUGUCCAGGUCAUUGCUAGCGAGUGCGUGCACUCUCGGUGUCCUCGGAGCUGUCUCGCAGAAAUUCGUUCCUACAGCCUUCUUUCACUCCGCUCUUAGGAAAUCAUCUCUGGUGGAACAGUCCGACAUGAAGGUAGAACUGCUGCCUGCCCUCACCGACAAUUACAUGUACCUUCUCAUUGAUGAGGACACGAAGGAAGCUGCUAUUGUUGAUCCGGUAGAGCCACAGAAAGUUGUAGAUGCGGCCAAAAAGCAUGGCGUGAAACUCAAAACCGUCCUAACAACUCAUCAUCACUGGGAUCAUGCUGGAGGUAAUGAGAAGUUAGUGAAGUUAAUGCCAGGACUUACUGUGUAUGGAGGAGAUGACAGAGUUGGGGCGUUAACUCAGAAAGUUACACACUGCAACACUUUCAAGGUGGGCUCACUGAAUGUUAAGUGCCUGUUUACGCCAUGUCACACCACCGGUCACAUCUGCUACUUUGUUACGAAUGAAAACCGCACCGAACCGCCAGCUUUGUUCACAGGGGACACUCUGUUUGUGGCCGGCUGUGGAAAGUUCUUCGAGGGAACCGCUGAAGAGAUGUACAAAGCCCUGAUAGAGGUUUUAGGCCGUCUUCCUCCAGAAACGCGUGUGUACUGUGGUCACGAGUACACCAUCAACAAUCUGAAAUUUGCACGUCACGUUGAGCCAAAUAAUGAGGCCAUUCGAAAAAAAUUAGUAUGGGCCAAGGAGAAAUAUGACAACGGAGAGCCGACCAUUCCUUCCACGGUGGCAGAUGAGUUCACGUUUAACCCGUUCAUGAGAGUGAGGGAGAAGUCGGUACAGGAGCACGCCGGGACCAGAGACCCGAUUGAGACCAUGAGGCGCAUCCGUAAGGAAAAAGACAGCUUUAGAGUUCCGAAGGAUUGAGCUCAUGUCAUUUCAGGCUCGUCUUUACAUUAACUAUCUCCACUACGAUUAUCACUACUCGACAUUUCACUUACAAUAGCAGAAGUUCAUGCAGACACAAGACACAUGGGAACUCUAGCUGCAGUUAUGUGCUAUUUUUCUAAAGCAAAAGCAAAUUUACUGACCUGUAUAUCUUCAUUCAUUUUUUCUAAAGUCAACUAAUGGUCUAAAAUGAGCAAUACACAGGAGUGUUUACCUGUACAAUGUAUGUAAAUGAUUGUUGCAAGCAAUACAUGUAAUCAAAAUCUUUUUAGAAUGUUUUGAGUGUUCUAAAAGAAGUUCCGCUGCACUAGCUCUGUGUUCUAGGCGACAGUUGAUUUAUGUAGGUUCUAAUUUCCAGGCCAUGUUUGAGCCAACAUUAGAUUGUUAUAUUAUAGUUCCAUUUUAAAAAGGUUUGUCUUAAUGUGCAAUGUUUUAUUUUGUAAAUCAAAAAGAAAUAUUUUAUAUGAUGAGAUGUCAUGGGGUUUUAUGAACAACUGUCAAUAAGAGGGUGUUGCUACAAAAUAAUAUGAUGUAUUAUCAAAUCCAUCUCAAGAUUGUUUGUGAUUGAAUUGCUUUAUUUUCAUUGUCUCCGGUUGAUUUAGAAUGUCGACCGUUUUUUUGAACACUGCAAAUACUCGUUUCAGCUUUUUCGUCUAGUUUUGUUUUGGCUCGUCCUGUUUGUUGUUUCAGCUGAUCUGGCACUUUCCGUCAUCAAAAGAGAUGAUCUAGUUGUGUUCAAACUAAAUUAAAGUCUUAAAUGUAAAAGUGACUGCGGUUUGCUUUUGUUUUGAAUAUUAUUAACAUUUUAAAUGUAUUACCUGUUUAUAUAUAAUAUAAAUAAUGCAUAUCAUAUAUAUAUAUAUAUAUUUGCAAUAUUCUAACUGAAAACGAUGCAAACAUUAAAACUAUUUU